AGCACGAAGUAACCCGUGAGAGUGCCUGCGAACGUGUAUUGGACUUUAUGCAGUUUUUGAGUGCAAUAUACCUCUAUGUGUCUUCACUGAACAACAUUUUCUGCCAAAUGUUACAUGGUCCAGCAAGUACCAUGUGUCACUUUGGGUCAGCAGUUUGUAUUCGUCCAAGGUUGGAAUAAGGCAUCACUUAGCUAACAUUAGCUAAUGUAAGCUAGCUGGUGUUAAACUCAUUUGCAUGAGGUCUGUUGACCUUGUUGGCUGCUUAAUCAUAGUACUUUUUAAGUUAAUACACAAUUUGUGCUACCUACUUACAUAAUUCAACAGUCUAUGUGAAAUGAUAGUCUGAAAAUUAUUACGUUUGGCUAUUAACAUCAGUUAAGUAAUAGCCGUCCUUACUUUGAUUCCAUCGACAAAAUUUCCUUAAUAGAGCACAUAUUUGCUGUUUGUAGCCAUUUGCUCCGCACAGAGGCAGUGCUGAAAUUUAGGACGCCAUCGUGCCUUCUAUCUGUUUUCACCCUCUCUGGCGUUCCCUAAGCUGUUAGGGAACAAUGUUUGUCCGGGUGACAGAGGAGGUCAUGAGGCGAAGCCUGAGUUUUUGCAGCAGCAGGUCUCUGUGGCAACAGCGCAGUUUCUGGGUGACAACAUCAAUCAAAGAGGCAUCUGUCCCCAGACGACAGUUGGCACACAUCCGAGGCACAACACAAAGUCAGACAUGCCCGGCGAGUAGUCUUGUCAGUUCAGUACGGUUUUACUCACAGGAUGGGAUUCACAGUGAGGACUUGGAAGUGAAGAAGCAUCUCUCCUCUCCACUGGCAGAGUCUUCGCUGCUGCCUGACAUUCAAUCUGAUGAGAAGUCUUCAAGGCAGAGCCAGAGGAAAUCCCCUUUAUAUAACUGCCUACAGCACUGUGGCUCCCCAUCAGACGUGUUAGACCUCACCUGUAAAUACUCACCCACAGUUCAAGAGGUCAGCAGGUGCCUAACCCACAUGUGGUUCAUCACCAAGAAGAUGUCAGAUGAGCAGAAGCGUGAUGAGCUGCAGCGGAUGUUUGAGCAUCCUGCAUUUAACAAGCUACUGCAGAAUGCCAUGAUAAAUUUGGGGCACAUGCGCUGUGGUGACAUGGCUUAUUCUCUCCUGAGUAUGGUCAGACUGGGUGUUCCUCAACGAAGCCGUGUGGUCCAGACUUACCUCCGAGCCUGCCAGGAGAAACUUAAUGGCUUUGAUGAGAAUCACCUAUCCAUCUUAUCCUCCUGUCUGGAACAUAUGGAGGAGUCCCCCAGUGUUUCCUCACUUAAAGAGGGCAUGAGGCUGGUAGUUGAGGCCCGUCUUCCCAGGAUCAAGAAUGUAGUGAAUCUCCAGACCAUGAUGCGUAUGGUGGGGAAAGAUGCCCCACUUAACCUCAAACGAAAACUAGAGGGAAAGGCUUUAUCAAUGACAGACCAGUUCAACCUUCCAAACUGCCAGUACAUGAUCUCCACCCUAGCCACAAUGGGCUUCUAUUCCAAACCGCUGCUGGACGCCUGCAGUAAGAGAAUCCAAGGAAACAUCCAUGGAAUCCCCUUCACCAGAUUGUUUGCAGUUCUCAAUUCCUGUCGGGAGCUGCACUACAGAGACGUUGAUCUGCUCACUGACAUUUCAGACUACAUUGCCUCUACUGUAGACAUAUGGAACAACAAACAGUUGCUCAUCCUUCUGUCUGUGUUCGAGAAACUCACCUUCUGUCCUGCUGCCUUGAUGGAGGCAUUUGCUGAGAAGGUGAUCUCCAGGCCAGACGCUCUGACACUGAAAGACCUCCUCUGUGUCCUCAAGGUGUACUCAUCUCUUAACUAUGAUCUGCAGCACCAAAGACAACAGUUCCUGGCAAAUCUUAUUCAGGCUCUGGACUCCUAUCUGCCCAAGAUGUCUGACUUUGAGUUGUUAAAGACUGUAUACAGCCUGUGUCUACUGGGCCACUUCUCCUCUGCACAGCUGGAGCAGCUCCUGCAGAGCAGUAGACUGGAGCAGUUUAAGACUACAGUGCCCAGGUUUCUCUAUAAACAGGAGAGAAUGUUUCAGACAGUGAACUUGUGCCUCUGUCUUGACCGCCCUCCUCUCCCUCGGCCCCUGACUGUCCCCAAGUUUGUCCUGGGGGAUCCUGUCACCAGCAGUCCACCAGCCAACCCCUGGCUGUUGUACAGCUUGCAGAGUGUGUUGAAGGACCAGGCAGAUACAAUGCUACAGGAAUCGGAGGUGGUGGAGAACUUCUACAUUAUAGAUGGGGUGAUAACCAAACCUCUGUCAAACCAAACCUCUGUGACUGAAGCGAGCAAUCAUGCAGAAGAAGCGUCUUCUCCAGCAGAGAGCAGUCAAAGAAUUGCAGUCAUUUGCGUACCACGGUCCUUUUGCUAUGGCACAUCCAAUCCCCUUGGUCCUGUGGCUGUCCAGAUUCGCCAUCUGAAGAUCCUGGGAUAUGACCGUGUCUUGGUAGUGGAGCAGGCGAUGAAGCUGAUGUCUGAGAAGAAGAGGACGGAGAUCCUCAGCAGACAGAUUUUUCCAGAACACCACGGAUCAAACACACAAGACGAAAUGGAGCAACUGGGAUCUUGAGGACGGAUGGUGGUGUUGAGUGACAUACGCGGCUCAGUGGUCUCAACCUGCGCAAUCAUCAUGGACACACUGAUUUUGUUGUGCCUUUUAAAGCUGUGUAAACAAUGAAGAUGAAUGGAUAUAUUUAAGACUUGAAAUAAAUGUGCU